AUGCUAAUGAAAAUUUCAAUUGUUUGUUGUUUGCUAUGUUUGGUUACUCUAACUUUUGGCGCUCAAUGUCCACAAGGAACUAUUCAUUAUGGAGACAGGAAUGAAUGUAUCGAUGCGGUGGAUGCAAAAACAACAUAUUCUGGCGCUCAACUUCUUUGCACACAAGUAAAUGGCCGACUUAUUCAAAUCCAGGAUAUUUUUGAAAAUGUGGUCACUGGAACGCAAGCUGGACAAGUAAUUGGCAACAAUAGUCAUUCUUACAUUGGAGUUCAACAACAAAAUGGAAACUGGGUUUAUGGUGAUGGAAGUCCGUUGAUCUAUCAGAAUUGGAAAAGUGGUCAUCCUUUAUCCAACAUGAGUUGUGCGGUGAUCAGUGCAAAGGAUUACCAAUGGACAUCCGUUGAUUGUGCAUCAAGUCACUCCUUCAUUUGCUCGAUUCCCGAUCAGACACCAACUCAAACCACAACGAUUCGUGUAAUCACCACUCGCACAACUCCAUCCACUAUUACUCCACCCACCGUCACUCCACCAUCAUCUGGUUGUCCAAACGGUUGGAUUAUAUACAAACACAACUGUUAUUACUUUGCUGGAAGUGCAAACUCGACCAAUGUUACUUAUUAUUAUAAAGAUGGUGAGGAAUUUUGCCAACAAAUGGGAUCUCAUCUCGUGUCGAUUCACUCUCAGUUUGAGUUCGAUUUUGUGCAACGUAACAUCGCUACUAAUUCAAACACUACCGAUUGUCAUGCAAAUCAAGCAAUGAUCGGAUUGACAUGUGUGGCAGUUGGUCGAAAUAAGACGUGGACGUGGAGUGAUGGAUCAACUUUCGACUUUGACGAAACUCAAACCUUUUGUGCUGAUGUUUAUGGAAUGAUGAAUGACCCAAAUUGUUAUGAGCAUGGCUACUGGGAUCCAUGGGGUGGCACGAUGUCAUUUUCUCGAUUUGUUUGCAAAAUGAAAGAGAAC